AUGCAUUGCACUAGUAGGUUCUCUCCGGCCUCAGAUUUUGGUUUGAUGAAGAUUGACGAUAAAGGAAGGGUCCUUUCAUUCAGUGAAACUAGGGGGAAUGAGUUGAAGGCAAUGGCAGUAGACACAACAGUUCUUGGACUCUCUCAAGAAGAGGCAGAGAAGAAGCCUUAUAUAGCUUCAAUGGGAGUUUAUGUCUUCAAGAAGGAUAUACUUCUCAAUCUUUUAAGAUGGCGUUUCCCAACUGCGAACGAUUUUGGAUCAGAAAUAAUCCCUGCAUCAGCUAGAGAAUUCCAUAUUCAGGCUUAUCUAUUUAACGACUACUGGGAAGAUAUCGGGACAAUACGUUCCUUUUUUGAAGCAAAUCUAGCCCUUACAGAACAUCCACCAAGAUUCAGCUUCUAUGAUGCUACAAAGCCAAUCUACACAUCUAGAAGAAACUUACCACCAUCAAAGAUAGAUGACAGCAAGAUUAUUGACUCUAUAGUUUCGCAUGGUAGUUUCUUGACCAGUUGCUUAGUCGAGCACAGUGUUAUUGGUAUUCGUUCACGCAUAAACUCAAAGGCUCACCUAAAGGAUACAGUGAUGCUCGGGGCUGACUUCUACGAAACUGAUUCAGAAAUUGCUUCUUCUUUAUCAAAGGGGAAAGUACCUGUAGGAAUUGGAGAGAAUACAAGAAUCAAAGAAUGCAUCAUUGACAAGAAUGCUCAAAUUGGUAAGAACGUCGUCAUUGAAAAUUCAGAGGGUGUUCAAGAGGCUGACAGAACUUCAGACGGAUUUUACAUCCGAUCGGGCGUUACAAUUAUACUGAAAAACGCUAUAAUCAAAGAUGGCACAGUGAUAUAACAAUUUUGUCUCAGUU